UGUCGUCAUACAGAGGCAAUAGCGUCUCCAAAUUAUUAUAUGAAUCAUCACUUUGGACCCCUUUCUUCCUAGUAACCCUCUUUGUUCUUCUCCUGCAAAUCUUCCUCCAAAUCAACCCAAUCCCAACACAAUGAUUCCUUCUGAGCUAUUUGAACUUACGAUCUCUUCCUUAGCAGCGAGCAACUACGUUCCAAUCAUUGUCUCUGUCGUGUUGGCGGUUUUGUUCUCAAAAGCAUUGGGAAUAAGGGUCAAAGGUCAGAAAGCUGGGAGUAUCCCAGGGAGAUUGGGAUUGCCUUUCUUAGGGGAGACCUUCUCCUUUCUCUCUGCCACAAACAGCACCAAAGGAUGCUAUGAGUUUGUCAGACUCAGAAGAUCUUGGCAUGGGAGGUGGUUCAAGACGAGGAUAUUCGGGAAGGUCCAUGUAUUCGCUCCGAGCACCGAGGCAGCAAAGGCUAUUUUCACAAAUGAAUUCGUGCACUUCAACAAGGGAUACGUGAAAUCGAUGGCGGAUGCUGUGGGGAAGAAGAGCCUGCUCUGUGUAGCGCAUGAUAGCCACCGGAGGAUCCGGCGCCUCCUUUCUGAGCCCUUCUCCAUGAAUUCUCUGUCGAAGUUUGUGACAAAGUUUGAUCAGAUGCUAUCCAAGCGGAUGAGGAAGUUCGAAGAAGAUGGGAAGAGCUUUGUAGUUCUCGACUUCGCCAUGAAGAUAUCAUUCGACGCAAUCUGCGACAUGUUAAUGAGUAUCACAGAUGAGUCACUUCUUCGACAGAUCGAGAAAGACUGUACCGAUGUCUCUAAUGCCAUGUUAUCUUUCCCGGUCAUGAUUCCGGGGACAAGAUACUUCAAAGGUAUCAAGGCAAGGAACAGGCUCAUGGAGCGAUUCAGAGAAAUGAUAGCAAGCAGAAGAAGCGGAAAUGAAGCACAGCGUGGGGAUUUCUUGGACUCGAUGCUCGAGAGAGAUGAGCUACCAAAUGAGGAAAAGCUCAGUGACUCGGAGAUAAUGGACAAUCUGCUGACCCUCAUAAUCGCAGGCCAAACCACCACUGCAGCAGCCAUGAUGUGGAGCAUCAAGUUCCUCGACGAGAACAGGGAAGCUCAGGAGAAGCUACGGGAGGAACAGCUUUUGAUCUCAAGGAGAAAGCCAGAAAGCUCCCUUUUCACACUUGAAGAUACUAACAGCAUGUCUUACGGAUUAAAGGUUGUCAAAGAGACAUUGAGGAUGUCGAAUGUGUUGAUGUGGUACCCACGAGUCGCUCUUACCGAUUUCACCAUUGAAGGCUAUGAGAUCAAGAAAGGAUGGCAUGUGAACGCUGAUGCAACUUGCAUACACUACGACCCGGCACUGUACAAAGACCCAUUGCAAUUCAACCCUUCUAGAUUUGAAGAAAUGCAGAAGCCAUAUAGUUUUAUACCGUUUGGAUCAGGACCAAGGACAUGCUUGGGAAUGAACAUGGCCAAGGUGACCAUGCUGGUCUUUCUGCACCGACUUACCAGCGGAUACAGGUGGACCGUAGACGACCUAGAUCCCAGCCUAGAGAAGAAGUCUCACAUUCCAAGGUUAAGGAGUGGUUGCCCGAUAACUUUAAAGGCCAUCUAAGCAAAAUUAAGAAGUGUUUCCGAUGUUUCAAUCUUGCACAAAGCUCUGUGCAGAAGAUUUAAUGUGAAUUUUGCUCGAUAACCCGUAGCCAUUGCUAUAAGGAGCAAUGAACCAUGUACAGUAAGUUAAAUCCCUUAAUUUAAAGUCGACUUCUUGAAUAUCCAUCAUUAAGGA